AUGGCGCAGAUAGCAAAUUCGGAGAUAACUUCAUCCUCUACUAUCGAUUCUAUUUCACAAGAAUGGAAAGAGAAGCCAAUUAUUCCGAAUGAGAUUUCGCAUGAUAGUACAUCGGUGGAUGAUAUCGUUCCACAACUUUGUUCGGCUUCUGAACAUGCUAUUAAUUUCAAUCCGGACGAGUAUCUUCGAUCAUUUUAUUCCAUACCAACAAACGAUGUAGCAAUGCAUACCAUACUUUUUUUUCUUCCCGGAAUUCUCUAUUGGAUUCCAGAAAAAAUUCGAACACUACUCGAUCUCGGAGCUGGUCCCACUGUUUAUGUGCCAAUAAUAUUCCGGAAACAUGCCAAGCACAUUUAUAGUGCAGAUUGUGCAGAAAAUAGUUGUGAUAUGGUGAAAAACUGGGCUGAAAAUAAGUCAUCAUUUGAGUGGACGGAAGUGUGCAAAUGGAUAGCCUGUAUUGAAAAUUCAAAUGAAGCACCGGCUGUCAUGGAACAGAACGCCCGCAGCAGAUUUAAAGCUGUUUUGAGAGCUGAUCUACAUGCUGAACCAAUCAUCAAGUGCGUGCAUUACAAAUGCUCAGACAACGAUAAUACCCCCCAACAAUUUCAUGUUGUCGUAUCCAUAUUUUGUUUAGAAUACUCCAGCGAAAAUCUGGAAGGUUACCGUCAUGCAGUUCGCAAUGCGGUAAGCUUGAUCGAACCAAAUGGAUUUUUGAUACAAGGUGGAGUUCUCCAAGCAAAUGACUAUUAUUUCGGGAGCAAACGGUACAGAUGUCAUUAUUUGACCAAGGAACAGGUUAUCGAAUCUCUAAGGGAAAACAACAUGGCAGUUGAGAAAGAUGGGAAUUUCAAAUGGUUUGAAUUCGACGAUGUAUUCCUCUUAAUCACCAAGAAGAAAGCAUGA